CCUGCUCCGGCUUCUGCUCCCCUUGGGCCCCCUCGCGCGGCUGGCGGCUGGCUCCCUCCCCGGUCGCGGCCCGUGGGGACGUUCGCAGGCGAGCGCACCUUCCCGCACGGAAGAGCCCCGGCUGGGAGGAUCCGAGUGAGCGUCGAUUGGUUGACGUGGUGCCUGCGCGUCGGGCCUGAGAAAGUCUGGGCGAGCGCGCAGAGUCGGCUCCUGUGGCGGUGCGGGGCGCAUCUCAGCUAAUCCAAAAGUAAAUGAGGAACUUAGAAAAAGAUUGCCAACUCCAGAUCAACAUAUUUAGAGAAAAUUGGAAAGGAGAAGCUUACUACAGCUUUAUUUGAGGACUUUUUAAAGAACACAGAGUUCUAGCUGUGAGCUUCAAAUCUUGGCGCAGAAACCAGAGACGUUGCCAGAGCAAACAGGAACGGGAGUACAAAUGGACGACUGGUCAAAAGACGUAACCCAUGGUUAUCUUGAACAAGAGACCAUGGGGAGAAACAAAAGUACACAGCCAGAUGAGCAACUGCCUGUGAAUUCUAAGGGAAGCAUGCAUCAGAAAUCCAAUGAAUUAGUUAAUGAAGCUACAUGUGAGGGCAUAGAAUCGCCAGAGCAGAGAUCAAGGAAUUUUCAAGUCAUCAGUCCUCAUCUAGGUGAUGAGACAGCUUACUGCACUACAGAAAAGUCCAAUUUUCUUUAUUACAGCAUUAUGGAACAUAGAAAUAAUGAUUUGCAUUACAAAUGUAUGAUUCCUUGUCAAGUUACUUCAGACUUAAAUAAAGAGGAGACAAUAGGAUUGCUUCUCAAAGAAUUGGACAUUCUCAAAGCAAGCAAUAAAAAGCUUCAAGAAAAACUGACUAAAGAAGAUGAAGAACAGAGAAAACUAAAGCUUAAAUUGGAACUCCAAGAAAAAGCAACAGAAGCUCAAAUUGCUGAAAAAACAGCAGCUCUGGUUGAAGAGGUGUAUUUUGCACAGAGAGAACGUGAUGAAGCUAUUAUGUCUCGACUGCAGUUAGCCAAUGAGGAGAGAGAUGAAGCAAUUGCACGAUCCAAGCAUAUGGAAAUGUCUCUAAAACUGCUAGAAAAUAUUAACCCUGAAGAAAAUGACAUGACAUUACAGGAAUUACUGAACAGAAUAAACAAUGCAGACACAGGGAUAGCUAUUCAGAAGAAUGGAGCUAUAAUUGUGGAUAGAAUCUACAAGACCAAGGAAUGUAAAAAGAGAAUAACUGCAGAAGAAAUGAAUGCAGUGAUUGAAGAACGGGAUGCUGCUUUGUCUCAGUGCAAACGGCUAGAGCAGGAGCUUCAUCAUCUGAAAGAGCAGAACCAGACUUCAGCAAACAACAUGAGACAUCUGACUGCUGAAAACAAUCAAGAACGUGCUCUGAAGGCAAAGUUGUUAGCUAUGCAACAAGCCAGAGAAACUGCAGUUCAACAAUACAAAAAACUGGAAGAAGAAAUCCAGACACUUCGAGUUUACUACAGUUUACACAAAUCUUUAUCCCAAGAAGAAAAUCUGAAGGAUCAGUUUAACCAUACCCUUAAUACCUAUGAAGAAGCUUUAAAAAGUAGAGAGAACAUUGUUUCCAUCACUCAACAACAAAAUGAUGAAUUAGCUACCCAACUGCAGCAAGCUCUGACAGAUCGAGCAAACAUGGAAUUAGAGCUUCAGCACACCAUCGAGGCCUCCCGAGCAGCCAAUGACAAAGUUCAGAACUGUGAGAAGAAUGUGGCUAAGGCCCAAUAGUCAUUCUUGAGUAGAGCUGGCAAAGGAAACCAUGAGGAGAAGAGAAUUUAACACAUGGGUGUAAGAGAGUACGGCUUCAUUGAUGCGAUCUGAGGGGAAUGCCUAAUGACUGAAAGAAUCAAACUUGGCAAUGAAAACACAAAGCUCUUUUCAUCAAUUCAAACACAGACUCUAAAGCUGCAGAUGGUCACCUCCAGCCUUGUCUAUUCAGUGUGAGGUUUUAUAAAAUGGCACUUUGGUGAAUACUAAUAGAUCAAAACAAAGAUUUAAUAACGUAAAGAUGUGGUGUUCAUUUUUAAAUGAGUAUACAGGUCAGUGUCUCAGAAAAGGAUAAAAAGAGUACCUUUUAUAUGUGGGUCUAAAGUCUUUUUGUUAUUUUUCAACUUCAAAAAUAAAUGACAAACGUACAGAUUGUGUUUUAUGGAAAACAGUUUACAUUAUGAAAAAGAGACCAAAAUCAGAGUUUAUAUUUACACUCAUUGAUUUCACAGGUUUUGUUUGAGGACUCUCAGUUUAUAACAUCUGUUAAUGUUUUCAUGAAGCUCACUUGAUAGGACAAAUAUAUGUUGCCAUUCUCAAAGAUGAAUCAAUCUAAUUAAAAAUUUAGGCCAAAAUAUUUUAUAAUUGGAAUAGAAUUUUUUUCUUGCCUUUUUUAGAAAAUGCAAAGACUCAUUGUUUAGUACAAAGGAAGCCUUUGAGCUUCAAUGCAGUCUUGAAAUUACAUUUUUGGUACUUUGCAUUUGAUUUUCUAAGAUUUUAUAAAUUCAUACUAAUUGUAUAUAUAUUCAAAAGUAAUUCAUUAUAUUCAACUUGUUACUUAUGCUUACAUAACUGAAUCUUACUUUAAAUUAAAAUAUGGGGUAUUUUUCCAGAAUA